CAUCAAAACAGUGAGACGGGCGGAGGGAAAGUAGUCCGUCAGUGGAUGUGACACGCUUACAAAUACACAGAAAACAACCAAGAGAGCAGCAGGACACCAUGAUCCGGCUCCAGUACCGUGUUUAGUGCGCUCGAAUCAACCGGACAGCAGACUUUACGGAUAUUUGUCUCCUUUUUCGAAACAGCAGCACCAUGGUGAAGAAGUCGGACCGAGCCCCGCUGCUGGACUGGGAGGAGACCCCACCACCCGAGGCGAACCAGACGGCCCCGCCGCAGCCUGACGCACCGGCGGAGAAAAGUUCUCAGCCUACUGGCCGGGGGACACCCAGCACCGGUACCGGGGCCGGGACUGGGUGGAGCAGUAACGGGAACGGCCCCAUCACCUGCAGCCCGACGAGGAGCCUGACAGCUGGUGUGGCCAGCGGGAACGGAAGCCCGGGUCGGCCGCGGACAGGGAUCUCUGGGCACGGCUGGGAUCGCCCGGAGCUCCUCGGUACGGAUCGUAAUGUUCCCUUCCCCGGCCUCUCCGUGAGGGAUCAGUGGGAGGAGAAAGACCAGAUCGUGGCUGUGUUUGUAGUUACCUUUGAUACUAGAUCAGGGAACAUGGUGGAGUGGUGCCUGCCCCAUGACAUCAACCUAGAUGGGGUUGAGUUCAAAUCGAUGGCCAGCGGUUCCCAUCGGGUCACCAAUGACUUCAUAUAUUUCCGUAAAGGCUGUUACUUUGGGCUGGCCUGUUUCGCGAACAUGCCUGUGGAGAGCGAGCUGGAGCGUGGAGCUAGGAUGAAGUCUGUGGGAAUCCUGUCUCCCUCCUACACUCUGCUCUAUCGCUACAUGCACUUCCUGGAGAACCAAGUUAGACACCAGUUGCAGUGUCCAGGCCAGUAUUCUCCACUAGAGGCCUUCUACGAUGAUAAAAAGGCGGUGCUCCCCCCUGCAGGAAACGGUCUGGUCACCGCCUGCCCAACCUGGAGUGUUACUACCAUCAAUCGCUGCAUGCACCCAGAGAUGAAGAUCACUCACCCAGCUGGCUGCAUGUCUCAGUUCAUCCAGUUCUUUGGGGAGCAGAUUAUGGUGCUGUGGAAGCUGGCACUACUUAGGAAACGUAUCCUCAUUUUCUCUCCCCCACCUGUUGGCGUUGUCUGCUACAGAGUGUAUUGCUGUUGCUGCCUGGCCAAUGUUUCCUUGCCUGGAUUUGGUGUCACUGUGCCUGAGUUACGGCCCUUCUUCUACGUCAACAUUGCAGACAUCCCCGCCCUGGAGACCGAGCUGUCAUACGUAGCCUGUACCACUGAGAAGAUUUUUGAGGAGAAGAAGGAGCUGUAUGAUGUUUAUGUUGAUAACCAGAAUGUGAAAACUCACAAAGCUCAUCUGCAGUCGCUGCUUCGAGUGAACGCAUCGGAUAAAGAGAAGUACAGAAAACUGAGCGAACAGAGACAACUGUUGCUGUACUCUCAGGAGGUAGAUGGAGACUGCACUUCAAAUGAAGAGGAUCUUUUCAUCCUGUUCUUCAUGGAGCUGAACAACCGCAUCUUCCAGACCUUGUCUGAGGUAGCAGGGAGCAUUGAUCCCACCCUCACCGAGGAGCACAUGAGGGCCAUGGGGCUCGACCCCCAGAGCGAUCGCUCCUUCCUGAUCGACCUGCUGGAGGUUUACGGCAUCGAUGUCACCCUGGUCAUAGACACUCUCUGCUGUCCCUAAGCCUCUCUCUGCUUCAGAAACUCAGAAUACCACUGGAUAUUUGUGCCUUUAAGGCCCCCCACACACAUACACACACACACCCACGCACACACACACUCAGAGACACUGCCUCUUCCCUGGGACCUCCUUCCGACGCCUGCAAUCCCCUUGUGGGUGUCUGUUUACUCUGUGUGUGUCUCAUGUGACCUGUGGAGCUCGUUUCCGUCCUGUGUGGAUGACAGAGACACUUAAUGUUGUUGCACAGGUCCCACGGUGGCUGAUAAACACUCUUGCCUAUCAGACGGUGCCCUGGGCAGCAGUGUGCUCUUAUUUCCAUUCAAGUCCUGCAUCAUGUUUCAGGAAUAUUUGUUCACUAAUUCAUGCUUUUUUGACUGAGAGCUCACCCUGAAGCACUGGAUUAAACAUCUUGCUGUGGUCAUCACAGCUGGGUGAUGAUUAGUCGUCAUCCUCUGCACCAAUCACAGCAAAGAAGACACCCAGACCUUCACUCCUUUGCAGCUUUAGUGACCACUUACAUGAAGAAAGAUUCACAUUAUAUGGGUGAGUUUUUACUGCUGGAAAUGAACUUCAUGACAUAUUCUAUCCAUCUAUCCAUCCAAAAAAAUAUCAAACAAUGAUAUGGAUGGUUUUGUUUCUGUUGUUGUGACUCUGAGGGAGCAGUAUAUGAGAUGCUUUAUUAAGAGGAAAAGGAAGCAAUAGGAGUCUGUUUCAUAGUUAAAAUCAUCAGCCAUAACUUUCACACGUGAAAGAGUGUUGAGUGUUUGUAAAAGAAAAGUUUAAGAAGUUUGUUGAGUGUUUUUUCAUGAAAAAGAUAGUUAAUAAUGAAGCUGUGUUGCAGAAUGAGAAAAGCUGUUCACCAUUUUUGCACCUUGAACAUAAAUCUAUCUGAUUGUGUGUCUCUGUGUGAUGGAGGUCUGAUGGAGACUUACACUUAUGUCACGUUUUCCCUUCGUAAGCUGGAGGUUUUUACUGUCAGUGAAUGUGACCAUAUGACUAACUUAACAUGAAUGCUGCACUUUGUAAAACACUGGAUUGUUUCUCGUUGCACACGGUGUCCAUGCUUAACUGUACCUUUUUUUAAACUAUGUUAAUGACUUACAGUCUGCAAGUGCAGGCUGUUGUUGUUUUUUACUUGAACCAGAGGCUUGAGGACCAGCGGACACUAUUCUAUAAUAUCUUCUGUGCUCCUGUUUUUGGAAGAGUCCCUGAUGGAGCUGUUUGUGGUUUACUUGUUGACCAGCUUCAAAGAGAUCCUGUUUGUCUGUCUGUCUGCGUCCUUGACAAAGAUCUCUUUGUGUUUGGAGGAUCUGGUGUUGGUCCUCUUUGGGCAGAUUUAUAUAGAGGCCCCCCCGUCGGUUCCAGCUGAGGGGUUCUCUCCGCCUUUUCAUCACAGUCUCAUUGAGUGAAUCCAGCUCUAGAGAUGGGCCAACUGUGUCUUUUGAAUUUGCCUGGCAGGACUGGUUAAGUUUCUCCAUCACAUUGCCAAUCAGAGAGAUAAUUUGUUCCAUGUUGGAACACAUGAGGCGGAUGCUCGCCUCAAAAAUUUGGACUGAGUGGUUCUCAAACAUGCAAGCUUAAAUACCAAGUCUUUUUUUAACACAUCUUUUUGAUUCACUUUUUUACUCUCACGCUGAUGAAACGACCUUUUUGGGGACUGUUCCCCAGAUUAAGUACUACUGAUGGUCUUAAAGCCAGUUCUGUGCUCUGAUUGGAUCCUGUGAGCUUUUUCUGGGAUGGUAAUAAAAAAGAAGAAGUGCACCAAGUGUUGUAUUAUAAAGAGAAAGGCACUAAAGCUUUGUUGUUUAAAUGGGGCCUUAAGGAAUUGUGAUGUUCUCAUGCUUACCACAGCAAAGUGUCUGACUUUUUUCUGUUUGCGCGUCAACAGUAUUUGCUAAAAGAUUAAGAAGACUGUCCUUUAACCGUUGACUCAUUCACAGUGGCUGAUGCCUGUAAUGAUGUUUGCUUUACAGGUGUACGUUAAAUUUAAAAGGGAAUGUACACAACACACACUACUGUAUAAAAUGCCUUCUUUGUUGAGCCGUUCACAAAUGUGUACCAGCAUUAGCUAAGUGAGUUGUUUGUACUGUGUGUCACUCUACUGAAUGUCAAAGACAGCAAAAGUAUUGCACACAUGCAGCAACACAUCCACGUAAUGUUUUCCUUCUGGAUUGUACUGUAAAUCAAGAGCUUUCACCUGAAUAACUGGAUAAUAAGUCUUCACCUUAAUAAUGUGAAACACUGUAAGAAAUGUCAGUAACGUACCCAUGAACUCAAUAGCAUGAGCAACUGUUAAUUUCACUGUACUGCCAUUGUUAAACAAUAAAACAUUGAUACAGUAAGGUGUUAUCUAA